AUGUACCUUGAGAUCUUGGGAAUCGAUUGGCUGGAAUGGAAACGUCGGAAGUGGCCGGAAAUGGACGAAUCGCCGCUUGGAAGUAAAAGUGCCGUUGAGUCGCCGGGAAGAGAGAGAGGAUGUGGAAAUGAUGAAAUGAAGAUGGUGAAGGGAACUUCUGCAUCCAAGCCUAAAAAGGCUGCAAAGUCUGAUGCAGCCCCCUCCACUGCCAAAAGAACUAGAACCUCUGUUGCUACACAUGUUCUGAAAGCAAACCCUGAUGUGCAGACAAACACUGAUGAGCCAGUAAACUCUGAGGCUCAUUUAAACUCUGAGGCUCAAGUAAACUCUGAGAUCCAAGCAAACUCUGAGAUUCCAGUGAACACUGAAGCUGCUUCUCCUCAAAAGCAGAAAAGAAGAAGACUGGUUGCAGCCUAUGACUAUGAUGAUCUUGAACCUGCACAUGCAGUAAACUCUGAACCUAUUCCUCCAAACUCUGACCCUGUUCAGACCACAUCUUCUACUUCAUCUGAAGUAGAUGAAGAAAUUGUUUGCAAGGAGCAAGCUACAGCUGAAGCUGAAACAGCAGUGUCUGAUCCCAAAUCUCCCAUAUCUGAUCAUGGAACCCCAACUCCAAUUCCUCAAUCUCCAAUGAAGAUUCCUGAGGAUGCCAUUGUUCAUGAUACAGCUCCUGAAAACUACAGGUCAGAUACUGUAGUUGAAGAAUCUGACAAGGUUGCAAUGGAAGCACUACAGUCUCUUGCAAUGACUGGUGCAGAAUCUAUUAAGCCAAACUCUGUUGCUCCCAUUACUGAGUCAGAUAAAGCAAAGUCUGUUCCUGAUCCUGUUCAAGAUGCUGAGAAAUCUACACAAGAUGAUACUGAGGAUGAUGACAGUUCAGAUGAUGACAAUGAUGAUGAAGCUCCUGUGUCACAUCUACAACAAAAGUGGGAGUCUACCAGCCAGUAUAAUGCCAGGCUAAAAACUCUGACCAUAGACUCUGAGCCACUUCCCAGGGAUCUUCAGAAGUGGCUAAUAUCAAGGAGACAAAUGACAUGGAGAAGAAAAGGACUCUUCUACCUCUGA